AUGAACGCUCCAACUAACUUUCAACGCUCUUCCUCUUGGACUCUGCAGUCCUACCUCAAGAGCAAGGACACCCCACAAGAUGACGAAAAGGAUAACGAUAUGGCUGUGCCAAAGACUGACCUUCUUCGUGGUUUCAGCAGCAUUUUGGACACUUCCGCUGCCUAUGAUGUUCUCCCUCACCAGGUUGAGAACCAACAUGAUUCCUCCAAGACUUCCAAGCGUGUCUCCAUCAUUUCUUCUGCUUCUGAGGCCGACACUCGCUGCAGUGAGAGUGACGAUGACGACAGCUGGAUGGAUGCCCUCUGCGAUGUCCCAGUUGAGAUGAUCGAUGCCAUCGAUCCACUUCCUAUUUUUCAGGAUGAUGUGCUGGCAACUCCCACCAACAGCCAGACUCACAAGCGAAGCGCUGAUGACUUGAUCAGUCCUACCAUUGUGACUCCUUAUACUAGUGGAAAACACAUUGCUCUCAGAAGAGUCUCCGUGGAUGGAUUCCUUCCCGCUGCAGCGACUCCUCCUGCUCCACGAGCACCAAAGAAUGCUCCUCCAACAAGACCAAGCCGUUUGGACAAUGUUGCUUCACCUGAAGCCAAUGUCGAUGCUGUCUGGUCUAAAGGUAACUUUAGACCUUCUCAGCUUUUCCAAAAGGAGCUAAGAUUAGUCAAGCGGAAAGCAACUACCAGCGAACCAUCAAGCAUGAAGGCACCUCCAGCAACCAAGGAUGUACCGUUUCCCAACAUUUCAUCCUCUGGCCGAGUUCGCAAGAGUGUCAAGCUCUUUGAUCCUCUGGACUACGAAAACCCUCGGAAGCCAAGAAAGUCCAAGUCUGUCAUCAAGAAACAGGGAAAUACCAGCGAGCAGGUUCUUGCCAAGGCCUCCUUCUCUUCUAAUGACGUUCCAUACCACAUUGUCAUGGAGCCAAUCAAGAAGAAGCGCAAGAUGGAGACUCCCGUCAAGGUCGAGACUGGUGCCAAGAAGUCCGAUACUUCCAGGAAGCUCAAGUCUUUGAAGAAGGCUACCCCUUCGACUCCCAACAAGAUCAAUUGUUCCACAAAGGUUGGAAUCUCCAAGAGUGCUGAUUCCCAGUCGAAAGAGAACAAGACCAGAAGAAUCAAGGCUUCCAAGGCUCGCCGUGCCGCUGUCCUUCGCCCCAAGGAUGCCCUUCGUCCUCGGGUUCUUACUCCCACCAAGGUCAAGGGUGAUCCUACUCCACUCGAUCUGUCCAAGAUUCCAGUGGUGGUCGGCAACAAGACCUUCUCCGACAUCCAAGCGGCAAGCUGGACCAAAAAGUACAAGGAAUUCUUGGCCUUCAAGGAAUUCUACGGCCACACAGCAGUCCCUCACUUUUACACUCCCAACCUCAAGCUGUCCCGUUGGGUUAAGCGCCAACGCUACCAGUACAAGUUGCGAUUGAACAAGCUCGCAAGCACCAUGACCGACGAUCGCAUUACCCUCUUGAACGAGGCUGGUUUCAUUUGGGAUUCUCACACCAACGUGUGGAUGGAACGCUACCGCGAGCUCUCCAACUUUGUGAAAAAGCAUGGCCACUCCGGCGUCACCUCCACCCGCAAGUCCAAGAAGCACUGCUGCUUGGCCGCCUGGGUGAAGCACCAGCGCAGACAGUACAAAUUGAUGAAGAUGGGCUGCCCAAGCCACAUGUCUCCCGAUCGUAUUGACCUCCUCAACAAAAUUGGCUUCCAGUGGUUCAUUCGCCCAAGCUACCAAAACGAAAUCAUCCACAAGCUCCAAACCGAGGAGGACCAAACCACGCGUGUUCCUAGACCCACCACCACGGAAGCAUUCCAAGUCGAUGAUGUCAAGCCUGACCAAGUCAAAUCCACCUUUGCUGACUUGUAA